AUGUUUCCAAAUGGGUCCGGAUUUGUACCCGGCCCAGGAAAAAAAGGUGCUCGUAUUGCUUUAGAACCAUAUGGAGAUUGGAAAAUACAGGAAAUCGGUUAUGAUGGUGUUGAGAAAUACUUGCGACCUGAAUCGUUUUCGGAUCAUGUUGGUAAACUAGCUUGUAAGGUAGAUUGGAAACAAGUCGUUCCUUCUGCUUUGACUUAUGAUGAUCCUAACGCUGUAGAGGAUGAAGAAGACGAAGAAGAAACUCAAGCUCUCGUUGGCUCUAAAGAUCGCCUUAUCCCCGAAGCAGGGCCAUGGCAUACUGUUGCGAAAAACUUACAUGAAUCUUUAACACAACUCCACGUUCUCCUUGAUGAUCUCAAAAUUAUGAGUAAUACAAAUUAUAUGGCACCUUUAACAAUACUUGAUCCUAUUCAUAACGAAUCUGGGGAUAAAUCGAUGGACAACAAAGCAUUGCAAUGGAUAUGGCGUCGAAAAGCAUUGCUCGAAGCUGCUUCUGUUUUGGAAAAAGCACACGAAAGACUCUCACAGCCAACACAGACAUCAAAUGUUAUGGAUAACUUCUUUCUUGAGUUAAAGAAAAUGCGAGAAUAUUGGCGUGUACGUAAAACUGGAGAUCACAUAUACGGAGAUCUGGGCUAUCACAUUUUUGGCCCCAAAUAUAACAGCAGAGAGUUGUUUGAUAUCACCCGUCGUUCGACUCCUAUAUUGUACUAUGAACGAGGGCUUGCCAUGUAUACAGGAUCCAGCCCUACGAAAGAUGAUGUGAUCUCUUCUGUUCUUCAGGUUUCAGUCCCUCGGGAUCUAACGAGAAGAUCAACCUUGUCAUUGUCGAUUGUUCGAGACGACGCCUCUUCUCAAAAUCUCUUCGCGAAUCUCGAUGAUUCGAAUUUCGAAUGGAUGAAAAUCGAAACAAAGAAAAUUGAGAAUAUUCACUGGAGUAAUGCUUUAAAAUGGGCUCAAGAUACUUUAAUAUGUAGAGAUACAUUCGACACUUUAUGUACUGAGUCAGUUCAAAUGCGUGAACGUCGCUCUACUAUUAGGGAUGGCGUACUGCUGGUCGCCCUUCAUGAUGGUUAUAUGCUCCGAAUAGAAUUAAAAUAUUAUCCUUUUGUGGAUGGUGAAUUCGAAGCCGAAGGAGAUUCUUACCUAAACCGAUCUCUUAGACAAAUGAUUGUUGCUAAAGAAUGUACUCGUUGGAUUAGACCUCAGCUUUAUGUUUCUCUUCCCCCGACUCAGUUACCAGAGACACUAGAUGUUCGCGGACCAAGAGCUUUUACCCAAAGAGAAAUUGAAGCUUGUGCUUAUAAACCCGAGUUUCUUUUGGAAAAAUUGAUACAAGUUUCUAGUCAUUACAAUUUAAUUAAAAUCGCAAUAGAUACCUUAAAGGAGUUCAUUCAGACUACUCCUGAUCCUCAAGUUCAAUGGAGAUUUUUACGUUGUACACCAACCCAUUCCCAACUAAUCGUGGUAAUGUCAAAUAGAAACUUUGAUUACAUAAUGGGAAAGACUACUUAUUACAUGCAAAUCUCUCCUGAUUCUAUAACGAUUGUUAACAAGGAGGGCCAAUCAAUCCUCUGCUAUCGGGACAAAACCCUCUUAUUGAACACUUUGAAGUUCAUGCUUUGUACAUUUUCUUUGAAUACAAUAUCCGGCUUAGCUCGGUCUUGGUGGUAUCAGGUUCUCCAUGCGAAUAUGAAUGCUGUUGAUGAGAAUGGUGAUCCAGCACCCUCCUUGUACAUGUGUAGUUACGGCGCAGAAUGGCAAAUUCUGAUUCAAUUCCCUGUUCGUGGUCAACCCGUCGUGAAAAUUCGGAAAUCUGUAGUGACUCCGAGUGAAAACCCCGACGAUGACAAGUUCACAGUCCUGAAUUACAAGCGCAUUCCAGGCUCUACCCUUUGUAAGAAAUUGGAUAAUCUUUUAGAAGAUCUGCUAUCGCAUGACAUCCUUGUUUACGGAAGUCCUGUUUUUGUUAAGUUUUUGAAAUCCAACAAAUUCGAAAAUAGCUCUGGAGUUAUGAAGACACUAGUCUUCUUGCUCUGUUUAAUUUCUAUUCACAAAGUUUGUGCAGAAUGCACCUGCAAUCCUGAUCCUGGAAAAUGUUGUACUUCUGCUCCCGGUGAGCCUGAAUGCUGCUCACUCCAUGUGAAAGCCACUCUGGAUCAAGGCGGUUUCGACAAAGUUCCUAGUCGAUUGCCUUUUCGAAACGACGUCGUAGAUGAUCUGCCUAGUCUCAGUCUACCUCCGUAA